GUGGUCCCAUGUGGAGAUGGGUCCCCCUGACCCCAUCCUGGGGGUGACGGAAGCUUUCAAGCGUGACACCAACUCCAAGAAGAUGAACCUGGGAGUGGGGGCAUACCGGGAUGACAACGGGAAGCCAUACGUCCUGAACUGUGUUCGCAAGGCGGAGGCCAUGAUAGCAUUCAAGAAGAUGGACAAGGAGUACUUGCCCAUUGGGGGGCUGACAGAUUUCACCCGGGCAUCCGCAGAACUGGCUCUGGGUGAAAACAGUGAGGCUCUCAAGAGUGGACGGUAUGUCACUGUGCAGGGUAUUUCUGGGACUGGAUCUCUGCGAAUUGGAGCCAGCUUUUUGCAACGGUUCUUCAAGUCUAGCCAUGAUGUGUAUCUACCCAAACCAUCCUGGGGCAAUCACACACCUAUUUUCCGUGAUGCUGGCCUGCAACUGCAGGCUUACCGCUACUAUGACCCCAAGACAUGCAGCCUUGACUUCUUUGGAGCCAUGGAUGACAUUUCUAAAAUUCCAGAGAAGAGCAUCAUCCUCUUGCAUGCUUGUGCUCACAACCCCACUGGGGUGGAUCCCCGGCAGGAGCAAUGGAAGGAGAUGGCAGCUGUGGUGAAGAAACGAAACCUCCUCGUGUACUUUGACAUGGCCUACCAGGGCUUUGCCAGCGGGGACAUCAACCGAGAUGCCUGGGCUGUGCGGUACUUCAUCGACCAGGGCAUUAACGUACUCAUAUCACAGUCCUACGCCAAGAACAUGGGGCUGUAUGGAGAGCGUGCGGGUGCCUUCACAGUGAUCUGCAGUGAUGCAGAGGAAGCCAAGAGGGUCGAGUCACAGCUGAAGAUCCUCAUCCGUCCCAUGUACUCCAACCCACCCCUGAACGGAGCCCGCAUCGCCUCCAUCAUCCUCAACACCCCUGACAUACGGAAGGAGUGGCUCACAGAGGUGAAGGGCAUGGCUGACCGGAUCAUCAGCAUGCGGACUCAGCUGGUGUCCAACCUCAAGAAAGAGGGAUCUUCCCACAACUGGCAGCACAUCACUGACCAGAUUGGCAUGUUCUGCUUCACGGGGCUGAAGCCUGAGCAGGUGGAACAGCUGAUCAAGGAGUUCUCCAUCUACAUGACAAAGGACGGGCGAAUCUCUGUGGCAGGAGUUACAUCGGGCAAUGUAGGUUACCUGGCUCAUGCCAUCCAUCAAGUCACAAAGUAAAGACAGGUGUGUGCCCUGGA